CGCUCAUAAACAAUACUACCUCCUACCUGACCUCUCGAGUUGACAUCUGGACUCUCUCUCUGCCAUAACACCUUGAGCAUCUUGAUCAAGUCCCCAACUAUAGCACGCGUCACUGUGCUACGAAACCGAACAAAAUGGCUGCGUCUAAUCCACACUUCGAGCCCAACCCCAAAUAUGAUCACUACGACUUCCCUACAACUGCACCCGAGAACAAGCCUGGCCACCCAGGCCACACCACCAAGGAGCAAGAUGCGCAGGUGGAGCAGUUGCGGUUGAUGCUUGAGUCGGAAGGAUACACUGAUCGAUUGGACACUUUGACACUUCUGCGAUUCCUGCGAGCUCGAAAGUUCGAUGUCAAUGCUACCAAGGCAAUGUUCGUCAAUAGCGAGAAGUGGCGCAAAGAGUUCGGAGGAGGUGUAGACCAACUGGUGAAGACGUUCGACUACAAGGAGAAGGCCCAGUUGAUGGCAUACUAUCCACAAUACUACCACAAGACCGACAAAGAUGGUCGACCGGUCUACAUUGAGCAAUAUGGAAAGGUCGACUUCGAGGCAAUGCGAAAAAUUACCACGGACGAGCGCAUGUUGGAGAACCUUGUUGUCGAGUACGAGAAGGUUGCCGACCCUCGUCUGCCAGCCGCCUCACGAAAGGCCGGGCAAUUGCUGGAGACUUGCUGCACCAUCAUGGACUUCAAAGGCGUUGGAUUGAUGAAAGCGAACCAGGUCUACGGUUACGUUCAACGUGCAUCGGCUAUCAGCCAGGACUACUACCCCGAACGCCUCGGCAAGCUUUACUUGAUCAACACGCCGUGGGGUUUCAGCAGUGUGUUUGCAGUUAUCAAGCGAUUCUUGGACCCAGUGACUGUUGCCAAGAUCCAUGUACUGGGUAGUGGAUACCAGAAGGAGUUGUUGGCGCAAGUGCCCGCAGAAAACUUGCCAACUGAAUUCGGCGGCAAGUGCAAUUGCGAGGGAGGGUGCCAGCUCAGCGAUGACGGCCCAUGGCGUGAUCCUCAGUGGGCCAAGCCAGCCAAGUGGGAGACCGACAACACCAUCCCCGCUACCGAGAGCCAUGUUGGCGAAGGCGCUCCAGCUGCCGACGAACCGACAGCCACUACGACUGCUCCCACCCCAGCAACCGGUGACCGCGUGCCAGGCACCGAGGCACACACUGCUGCGCCGGCAGCUCAGUAGAGCGCCGUGGCGAAUCGGGCCGUGAUGCUGAUUGCGGAGAAAAGACGAGUCGAUUGCGAUUGAAUGGAGUGCUUCUUCAAUUUAAGGCAGAGCAUGAGUGCAGCUUGCAAAUACCUACACAGAGACAAGGCUAUUAGAGAGCAUAAUUGACGGGAGCAUGGGAGGCGCAGGGAGAUGGCGCGUGGGAGUACAUACCCACGACUGGAGAUGCAAAUUGAGUGUGCUUAGAUUGUGCUUUCCGGUAUGUACAUGGAUCCAGCGCAGACGCGAUGGUGCAAAUUUCAGCGUGUUGUGCACAUGGGACGAAGCUGUCCCUCACGCGACAGCAGCUCUGUCCGUCUAUGCUGGUACCAUCACAACUAAUGGA